GGGUCUCAGUCUGUUGCUCAAGCUGGAGUGCAGUUGUGCCAUCAUGGCUCACUACAAACUCCACCUCCCAGGCUCAAGCGAUUCUCCCACUUCUGCCUCUGGAGUAGCUAGGACUACAGGCACCUGCCACCACACUCUGCUAAUUAUAUUUUUUGGAGAGACAAGAGUUUAGCCUUGUUGCCCAGGCUGGUCUCCAACUCCUGGGUGGCAAGCAAUCCUCCUGCCUCAGCAACCCAAAGUGCUGAAAUUACAGCAGUGAGCCACAACUCCUGGCCCAUAAAGGUCUUUCUAAAUCAAAACCAGACCCUCUUGUUGUCUUCUGCCCAGUCUGCUCAUGGUUCUAAUUUCCAAGUGUAUAUUCUUUUUCACCCAUGUUGUAAUGUUUGUUGACUUAAACCAUACAGCGCUAUAGAUGAUGGGGAGAAAACCUGUUGGAUCACAUUAUUCAAAACUGUUUCCCACAGUUGCAGGAAAACAAUAGGUACCUCCUUGGGAAUCUCCACUGUAGGGACAAGUCAUCAAGGCUCAGCACCUCCCAAUUUUUGCAAAAGGCACUAUGACAAAUCAAGGAACGCCUGUGCCUUACUCUUACCACUAGGUGUCACACAAAACAAUCAGGAAUAAACACCAAGAUCCUGAAGGCUACCAGAAAUAUGAAACCAUAGAAGGUGGUGCAAAAAAACCUUAUUCCUCAGAUAUUUUUAUUUUUUAUAACCAUUUUUAUACCUGAAGCCAAAUAUCUUCUUCUGAUGUAUCCUCUAUAAUUGGGACAUUUAGAGCUUGAUGUUUCUGUACUUGUUUAAAAGAAGUGACUAUCCCCAGAUGGGGGUCGGGGGACACCCACCCUUUAUUUUCCCUAACAGUUGGAGUAGAAAAUAGUUUUGAGUAUAUUCCAAAUUAUAGUGUAGUCAGUCUGAUUUUCACAGCGUGUUUUCAAAAGUGUUAAUACUAAGACUGCUUUGGCCAAAUGAUUAAUAUACUGCCAAGGGGUUCCUGGGUAAAUUCUAUGCAUUUCAGUUUCUUUUUAGGGAAGUAGGAACAAUAUCUAUCUUACAAGAUUAGUUCUGAGAACAAUGUGGUACAUAAGGCGCUGGAAUUCUUUCAAAAAUUUAUACCCUGACAUUUCCAAGAGCCAUGGUCACCCUUACAAAGGACAGUUAGGCAUGCAUUUGUAGACAAGUAAUAUGACUUUUAAGCCAGAAAAGACCUUAAGUAACAUUCAAUCUAAUCUUAUUAUAAAAGUUAAGUAUACCACAAAAAAGUUAACUGACCUCUCCAACUAAUGUGCAGUCAAGUAAAGACAGAACCUGGAAUUGAGAUGUCCCAUUGCAGUCACUGUUUCACCUUGCCUCAAUCAUUGUAGAUUUGCAUAUCAUACACCUGCAGAGACAAUGGUGUCUAUCCCUGGGAAGUUUUCAUUGUAACAUGUGAUCAUUAUUACCCUGGAGGGUCUAUCUGAUUUUAAUUUUUUUCCCUUCAUACUUGGUCUCUCUCUAUAGAGUCAGAUUUCUUACAUUCUAAUAUUAGGGGAGGGGUGGAGAUAUGAAGAGAGGGGAAGGGUUGGUUAGUACAAGGCCAGUCAAGGUAAAGAUGAUUGCAAUAAUCACCAGAAAUCUCUGCAGAACUACAGAGGCCUCCUGGGACUAAUUCUGAAGAGCUCUGACCGAAGUUUGCUUUAUUUUGCCUGUACCAAUUCUACCAAGUAGAUGAAUUCAGUCCAUGGCUUGCAGGCUUGGAGGUGGAGGUGGAGUGGAGAGCAUAAAUUAUAUUUCUGCAGGUGAAACCAGAGCAUAGUGAGCCGAAACCCCUUUCUACCCGGGUGGUGUGAAUGGGUCCAACUGCUACUGUCCCCCAGGACAAGAGAGCAAGGAGGGGCGGGCAGGGUGGGACUGCCUUGAGCCUCCCGCAGGAUGCCUGGCAACUACUUUCUUAGUGGUCCUUAAGGUCCAAUCGCGGUUAAGGCACUAACUAAACUCAUUCUUCAGCUUCCUUCUCUAAGUUCUCCUCGAAUUUGGGUGCCCAGAAGUAGGCUCACGAUCCUUUUUCUGCGGCAGCACAAUGUAGGUCAGACAGCAUAAACGAAUAGCUACUUAUGAACACAAUAGCUAUUCUGCUAUUGCAAGGUAUCCACAACCACCAUUACAAACAAUAACACCUUGCUUUACUUGGGAAACAAAAAAAAUCAUGGUCCUAUUCAGCAGUUUCCCCAUACAGGGAGCGUUUGCCCCUCCCCCAGUCAACAGGGCUGUUCAUCCCUAGGAAGUGAUUUGAGAGUUCUCCAAGGAUUUAGGCUUUUCACUCCUCCAAAGCUUUCACAACUUCUACCUGGCGGGGGUGCGUGGGGGGGUGGGGGGAGGGGGCGAAGCUAAAAGUUCCUUUGCUGCAAAGAGCCUGGUAUAGGCAGAAACACCGGCGCGCCCUGCAGCCUCCUAACCACAGUGCGUCCUUCCCCUUAGAAGUCUGGGGAAAGCAAAUCCCUACGCCCAGCCAUCAUUUCCACUCUUGCGUUUUCAAAAGAUCAAAAAACGGAAAGGACCGGCAGGUUGGCAAACCCCAAAGAGGGACCGCCCAUCAGGUCGGCGUCCUUGGGAUCUCAGCAGCCGACGACCCCAAUUCAAAUCGAUCGUGGGAAACCCCAGGGAAAGAAGGUUCACUUGCAGAGGGACAGGAUUACAGGGUGCAGGCUGCAGGGAAGUACCGGGGGAAGGGGGCCUGGUCGGAAGGACUUUCCAGCCACUCGACGCUCAUCAAAAAGUUCCCUGUCCGUGACCCCAGUGGCUCAUCGCAGGGAGUUUCUCCGAUGAACCCCAGCUCAGGGUUUAGGCUUCUUUUUCCCCCUAGCAGAGGACGAAGCCAGUUCUCUUUUUCUGGUCUGACUGGCUUGGAAAUUCCCCGAGCCUGACCCCGCCCCAGAGAAAUCCCCAGCCAGCGUUUAUAGGGCGCCGCGGCGGCGCUGCAGAGCCCACACCAGUCCGUGCCGCCGUCCCGCCCGCCAGCGCCCCAGCGAGGAAGCAGCGCGCAGCCCGCGGCCCAGCGCACCCGCAGCAGCGCCCGCAGCUCGUCCGCGCCAUGUUCCAGGCGGCCGAGCGCCCCCAGGAGUGGGCCAUGGAGGGCCCCCGCGACGGGCUGAAGAAGGAGCGGCUACUGGACGACCGCCACGACAGCGGCCUGGACUCCAUGAAAGACGAGGAGUACGAGCAGAUGGUCAAGGAGCUGCAGGAGAUCCGCCUCGAGCCGCAGGAAGUGCCGCGCGGCGCGGAGCCCUGGAAGCAGCAGCUCACCGAGGACGGGGACUCGUUCCUGCACUUGGCCAUCAUCCAUGAAGAAAAGGCACUGACCAUGGAAGUGAUCCGCCAGGUGAAGGGAGACCUGGCCUUCCUCAACUUCCAGAACAACCUGCAGCAGACUCCACUCCACUUGGCUGUGAUCACCAACCAGCCAGAAAUUGCUGAGGCACUUCUGGGAGCUGGCUGUGAUCCUGAGCUCCGAGACUUUCGAGGAAAUACCCCCCUACACCUUGCCUGUGAGCAGGGCUGCCUGGCCAGCGUGGGAGUCCUGACUCAGUCCUGCACCACCCCGCACCUCCACUCCAUCCUGAAGGCUACCAACUACAAUGGCCACACGUGUCUACACUUAGCCUCUAUCCAUGGCUACCUGGGCAUCGUGGAGCUUUUGGUGUCCUUGGGUGCUGAUGUCAAUGCUCAGGAGCCCUGUAAUGGCCGGACUGCCCUUCACCUCGCAGUGGACCUGCAGAAUCCUGACCUGGUGUCGCUCCUGUUGAAGUGUGGGGCUGAUGUCAACAGAGUUACCUACCAGGGCUAUUCUCCCUACCAGCUCACCUGGGGCCGCCCAAGCACCCGGAUACAGCAGCAGCUGGGCCAGCUGACACUAGAAAACCUUCAGAUGCUGCCAGAGAGUGAGGAUGAGGAGAGCUAUGAUACAGAGUCAGAGUUCACGGAGUUCACAGAGGACGAGCUGCCCUAUGAUGACUGUGUGUUUGGAGGCCAGCGUCUGACGUUAUGAGCGCAAAGGGGCUGAAAGAACAUGGACUUGUAUAUUUGUACAAAAAAAAGUUUUAUUUUUCUAAAAAAAGAAAAAAGAAGAAAAAAUUUAAAGGGUGUACUUACAUCCACACUGCACACUGCCUGGCCCAAAACGUUUUAUUGUGGUAGGAUCAGCCCUCAUUUUGUUGCUUUUGUGAACUUUUUGUAGGGGACGAGAAAGAUCAUUGAAAUUCCAAGAAAACUUCUUUUAAACCUCACCUUUGUGGGGUUUUUGGAGAAGGUUAUCAAAAAUUUCAUGGAAGGACCACAUUUUAUAUUUAUUGUGCUUCGAGUGACUGACCCCAGUGGUAUCCUGUGACAUGUAACAGCCAGGAGUGUUAAGCGUUUAGUGAUGUGGGGUGAAAAGUUACUACCUGUCAAGGUUUGUGUUACCCUCCUGUAAAUGGUGUACAUAAUGUAUUGUUGGUAAUUAUUUUGGUACUUUUAUGAUGUAUAUUUAUUAAACAGAUUUUUACAAA